AUGUCUGCUGGGGAUCAACUCUGUGAUGGCUGCGGUAAUCCCGCUUCUUCCUUUCAGUGUCCACUUUGCCAAGCUGAGAUUGUCACUGACCGUGGUUUUUUCUGCGGCCAGGAGUGCUUCGCGAAGAAUUGGUUGAAGCACCGCAAUGCCUUCCACAAAAAAGGCGUCGUUCGGGCCAAACAACAACUACAGCCCACUUCCGUUGAGGCAUCCGGGGACGGCCGAAAACGGUCGACGGGGGAGCGAAAGGACGCCAACGAAUCCAUCAAGAAAAGGCGAAAGCUGGCAACGACGGUGGAAGUGGACACAAAGGAGGCGGUGGUUGUCCCAUGGAUUCCGUUGUCGACGGAGGUCCCCGGUGCAGGAGAAGUGACACCGUUACUAUCCCCCGACAUUCCCCGCGCAGUGAUUGGAGGCUGCCCAUCGGCAGAUUGCCGUACCUCAUUUUGGUCGGCGGCUUUUGCGGCAUCACGCUAUAUUGCUGCUGUGCUUUCUCCGCGGAAUGGCGACACACCGCCUCACGUGCUAGUUGUCACAAGUGGUCCGUUGGAAGCGCAUGCCAUGGCCUGGGCCGCACGCUGCGCUGGUCUUGCAGGAGUUAUGCGUCUCUUUGUGAGUGCACCUGUAGAGGCUGAGGGGGUGGGCUCAGCGAAGAAGAACUCUGGUGAACGACGGGUUGUCAUCACAACACAAGCGAUUGUGCGCCAUGUGGCCGACGGUUCUGUGGCUGUGUGGCUACCAUCAGCAGACAGUCUCCUUGUGACACUGCCUGGUGUUGUAAACGCGUGCGACCUUCAGGCCGUUCACACCCGUGCUGUAUUUUUUGUCUACCGUUCCGCAGAUUCGGCCUUAACGGAAGACAACUGGUGUGCAGAGGAGGAAAUUGUCCAUCACGUCUCUCCGCUGCCGAACCCUCCUGCUGCUCUACACCAUUAUUUUGAUACGGUUUCCCCUAAGAUUGCGGCUUUCUCCCCCAAUGGGGACAACGAAGCAGAUUCCGCACCAACUGUAAAGUUGCUUCGUUUUGACAAUGAUGUGUCAACUGCACUUUUACGUGGGGACCUCGCAGGGGCUGUUCAACAUCUGGUGCGACUGUACAGUACAAAUCGGGGCGUAUUUGAGGAAGUGCUUGUAAACAGUUUGUUGUCGGCGCUUGGUGCUGCAAACGUCGCUCACGCCCAUCAUACUCUGGCAUAUGUUGCACGCCGUCUUGUGGAUCAAUCCGAAAGGUUUGAUGGGCCUCCUGGAGGCACGCUAAAGGAAAUGGCGCUCCGUGCAGUGGCCAAGGUGGUCCGUCUAUUCCCACCCAUCAGGGAAAUCGAGGAAGGAAAAGCGGUAACAGAGACGAAUUGGGACCUCGUCGGAACUGAGGUCGCUGGAGGCAGCGAUUUACGCAAACUCGUCUCUCAGCCUUCUACCAUCGAGAGGAAGAAGUUUGCAAACUACUAUGCGACGCUUCCGAACCUGCAGCUUCAGGCCACCAUGUGCUACCUCUACGAUCAUGCCCCACCUGGGAUUAUAGAUGCCUUUGGUGCAGCCUGGGGGGUGAGUAGGGUGGUACCAGGGUUUGAAGCAUUGAAGAUGGCGGAUCGAAAACGCGAGGAUGCAGUGCGACGGUUGCGGAGUCGUUACGGGUCUAAGCUUACUCCCACCUUCGCCAAUUACCUUGUGGUCUUAAUGCACUUCAUUUACGAUGCGGUGGCGGGGUAUUCUUUAAGUGUAGAAGAAGUAGAGCGCAGAACUCUGUGGUCGAUGACGCUCGAGCCACAAGUGGGCUUGCUUCCUAGUUUUCUGUCAAACUGUUUUUUGCUGCGAAAGGAGGACACCUCCUCUGCAGAAUCAAAGAGGGGGACCACGGCGCGGCUUUCAAGCCGGAGGCUGCCACACAAGACCCCGAGCCGCAUGGAGCUGCUUCGUUCACUGCCUGUGCGAACUGCUCUUCCUGAGGAACCACUGCUUCUUUCGUGGUUGACACUUCCACUUGCGGGUCAACGCCAGCGUGAGGUGCAGCGGUUGCAUCGUCAAGCCGUGGAGGAGAUUCUCAUGGCAAUGCCACGAAAACCGCGGCCCAUGUAUGUUGGUGACGUCGGAAACCUUAUUGGGAAAUGGCCGCAUUUUAAUUGCCGCUUUGACGGUUCUCUUGGUGUGAGUCUCAUGGAGUUUCUUAUGCAACAUCCUGAGGCCUUUCGAGUUGUAGGCAACCUCGUGACACGGCGUACGGCCGGCGUGUCAGAGCCUGUACGAAUGCGAUUUGAUAACGACGACAGCGGCGACGAUAGCGAUAACGACAACGACUCUGAUAAGGAACGCAAGGUGAAGGACCGUGCGUUGCUCACAGGGGCAAAGGGCAGCGGUGGUCGUGGAUUGCGUGCAAGUGAUUUGCCGGCCCGAGCACGUAAGAAGGCGGCAGUGAAGGCGUUCAAUAAGGCUCGCUUUAAUCGCAACUACAAACCACUUGACUCCGCCGCGAAGGUGCCAGGAUACGUCAAGCAUGGCCCGCGCAAAGUAAAGGGUAGGGGUCGCAAGGCCAAUAAACGUGCCACAAAGCGUGGUGGCUAG